CACGGAAAAGAAGAAAAGUCGUUUCCGACCAUGGGUAGUAUUUGACAAGAAAAUUAGCUUUACUGAAGGCCUCCUCUUCCUUGCUACAUAUCUCCCAAAAAGCUUGAACAUGUACUCUGUUUCUAACUUCUAUAAUCCUCUUAAGAAUCUGAAACGAAUUGGAGUUGUUUAAACAGCUUUCAUGGGGUACAAAGGUCGAGCAAGAGAGAGCACAUAUUUAAGCAUAAGGGUUGUGGGAUGGACUGCUAGCCUUUUUAUGAUUUGUGGGCUGUUCAUCAUAUGGAAGGGAGACCGAUCAUGGCUUCAGAAUGCACCCAUAUUGCAGUUUUACAACACCAACGAGAAGAAUUUGAAUGUUUCCUUGGAGGUGGAAGAAAGCCACCAUGGGAAGAAUGUGACUGUUUCCAUGGCAGUGGAAGAAGGCCUGGAAGGGAAGAAUAAGAAUGUUCCCAUGGCGGAAGAAGACCACCUUGGGAAGAAUAAGAAUGUUCCCAUGGCGGCGGAAGGAGAUCGCCAUGGGAAGAAUAAGACUGUUUCCAUGGCGAAGGAAGAAGUCCACCGUGGGAAGAAUGUGACUGUUUCCAUGGCAGUUGAAGAAGGGCUGGAAGGAAAGAAUAAGAAUGUUUCCAUGGUCGCAGAAGAAGAUCACCAUGGAAAUAAUAAGAAUGUUUCCAUAGCGGUGGAAGAAGACUGCCAUGGGAAGAAUAAGAAUGGUUCCAUAAUCGAGGAAAAAGGUCACCAUGGGAAGAAUGUGACUGUUUCCAUAGCAGUGGAAGAAGGCCCGGAAGGGAAGAAUAAGAAUAUUUUCAUGGCGGUGGAAGAAGACCACCAAGGGAAGAGUAAGAAUGUUUUCACGGUGGUGGAGGAAGGCCACGAGGGGGAAAAUUUGAAUGUUUCCAUGGUGGUAGAAGAAGAUCAGCAGGGUAAGAUUAAUGAUUCAACUCAACCCAAUAGAGAUGGGCAUUGUAACCUAUCCGCAGGGAAAUGGGUAUAUGAUGAAUCCUAUGUAUUAUAUGUAGAUGGGCCCUGCCCAUUUGCCAACCCUGAUGUCAACUGCCGCAAAAAUGGCAGAGUGGAUUCUAGUUAUGAAAGAUGGAGAUGGCAACCCAACGAUUGUGAUCUUCCCCGGUUUGAUAUCUUGCUAAUGUUGGAAAAAUUAAGAGGCAAAAGACUAGUUUAUGUGGGAGACUCCAUAAACCGCAACCAGUGGCAAUCCAUGCUGUGUCUUUUGAGGGUAGAUGGAAGCAACGUGGAAAGCAAAGACGAUGGCUAUUUCCUUCGGUAUUUUGUAAAGGGCUAUAAUUGUUCCAUAGAAUUCUCAUGGGCUCCAUUCCUGGUCCAACAAAACUGGAACAAUGGUAGAGAGACAUUGAGGAUUGAUAUGAUUUCUCAACAAUCAAAACGCUGGAGAGAUGCAGACAUUUUGGUUUUCAAUAGUUGGCACUGGUGGACUCACCCGGAACCCCGUAAAGGGAUUAACUAUUUCGAGGAAGGAGGACAAGUAGUCCCUUAUAUGGAAGAGCAUGCUGCUUUCGAGAAGGCACUAGGGACAUGGACCAAAUGGAUUCGCACUAAUAUUAACCCUAGCAAAACCCAAGUUUAUUUCCGAGGCUACUCACCUCUGCACUUCCAUGGCAAAGGGUGGGGGAAGGAAGUCAGUGGAGGAUGCUUCAAUGAGACAGAGCCCAUUGAUAAAUUGGAAAAAGAGGCAAAAAGAGUUCAUGGUGAAAGGAGAAAGAUGGAAAUAGUGGAGAAGGUUGUUGAAGAGAGCAAGAACAGUGUGGAGGUGAAGUUGCUGAAUAUUACAGAAAUGUCAAUGUACAGAAAGGAUGCCCAUCCAUCUGUUUAUACCAGCAAGUAUUCAAAGAAGACAGACAAAAAUGAUUAUGGCCAUGCAGACUGCAGCCACUGGUGUCUUCCCGGCCUUCCAGAUGUCUGGAACAACAUCCUCUACGCUUUCCUCGUUUAAAGUUCAAAGAGCGGGUCACCAGUCUUAAGGGGCUCUCCAUUAAUAAAGAGCCAGGGACUGGCUUAAACUGAAAAAACAUUAAUGAACUUGUAGCAGGCCCUUAUUAUUUAUUGAAUAAUCAAUUGCCAUUAUAAUUCCUUUUUAAUAACUGAAUCUUCCAGUCGAGUGAAA